AUGGCCAAGCAGCUACUGCAGCUGCAGGCCGCGACGCACCGGUGGAGCGGCGCCCGCCGCCGCCAGCCCCUCGCCCCCGUGCCCCCUCGCCACGCGCCCGCGGCCAGAGCCGGCAGAUUCGCCGCCUGCUUCCUCGCGUGCCUGCUCGCUCUCGCCGCCGGUGCCAUCCUCAUGCUCUGCAUCACGCUCCACCGGCCGGAGCCCGAUGCUUCCGCCGCCGCCUCGCCACGCGGCAGCGGCUACGCCGUGGUGAUCAACACGUGGAAGCGCUACCACCUCCUGAAGAGAGCCGUCGCGCACUACUCCGUCUGCGCGGGCGUAGACGCCGUCCACGUCGUAUGGAGCGAGCCGCAGGAGCCGCCCGAGGCCCUGCGCCGGAGCGUCCUCAACUGCAGCCACGCCGCCGUCAACGUUGGGUUCGUGAUGAACAGGGGAAACAGCCUCAACAACAGGUUCAGGCCGAUCCAGGGGCUCAGGACGGACGCUGUCUUCUCGGUCGACGACGACCUCGUCGUGCCGUGCUCCACGCUGCGGUUCGCCUUCGGCGUCUGGCAGAGCGCGCCCUCUGCCAUGGUCGGCUUCGUGCCCCGGAUGCACUGGCCUGCUGACCCGAGAGGCAACACUGAGGAGUACAGAUAUGGAAGCUGGUGGUCAGUUUGGAGGACAGGGACAUACAGCAUGGUACUUUCCAAAGCGAGUUUUCUCCAUAAGCGGUAUUUGAAUCUAUAUACCAACCGCAUGCUACCGUCUAUUCGAGAUUAUGUGACAGAGAAUAGGAAUUGUGAGGACAUUGCUAUGUCUUUUCUUGUUGCAAAUGUGACCGGAGCUCCACCAAUAUGGGUCCAAGGAAGGAUAUUUGAGAUCGGAUCGUCCGGCAUCAGCAGUUUAAAAGGCCAUGAUUUGCGGAGAUCUAGAUGUUUGAAUGCAUUUGCUUCCAUGUAUGGUCAUAUGCCUCUGGUAGCGACCACAGUCAAGGCUGUUGAUAGCCGAACUAGCUGGUUUUGGUGACACGGUUUUCAGUUCAGUUUGGUUUGGUUUGUCUCUGUUUUGCCUUUCACUUGGGUGCUGCCUAGCACAUAUUACCAGGCUAGUGUGCUUGUGCAUAGUUCAUCAGCUUCUAAGAUACUGUGGCCGUUGUAAGACUACGGCUCUUUGUAAAUUAUAUGUGCAGGGGAACUGAAACUGUUUAUGAAUUUUGACACUCCUCUAGUCAAGCGCAGUACAGAGUCGUAUUUUU